UUUCAGUUCAGUCGUCAGUCAUUUAGUUUUGUGUGUUCCAACAAAACAUCAAUUAAUAAUAUAUAAAUUAUUAAAUUUAAAAUAAAAAAGAAAGCAAAAAUAAUUUCAUUAUAAUGCCAUCGUUGCCAUCUCUUGAAAAGUCUUUAUUAGUUUUCUUUGUUCUUGUUGUCUCAAUGCUGUACAUAUCAGAUGCAUUACGCUGCUAUGCUUGCAGCUAUACAGCCAAUAGUGGAGCUAAUGAUUCCUGUGUUUACGAACCCAAGAAGACUAUAACUUGUUCCAAGAAAUAUUGUACAAUAAUACGUCAAGAUUUAGUGCAUCCUGUUGGAUCAAUUGUUUCUUUUUCAAGAAGUUGUGAGGAUAAACCAUUGUAUUUGAAUGCGGUGAAAACGGAUACAACCUAUAAAAUGUAUUUUCGUUCCUGUGUUUCAGACCUUUGCAACGAUUCUGAUGGCAAACGUUCGGCAACAAAUUCUGAUCCAAAUUUUGGAGCUUCAGAAAAUAUGGUCAUAAAGGGAAGAGAUGAAAUAAGAAGCAGAUAAAACCUCUGAUCAUUAAAUAAUGUUAAAAAAAUCUAAUAAUUUUUUAUUUCCAUUUUUACUUCUUUCGUACUGUAUAAUCACUGUAAUAUAAAAUAUGCGCCUAAAAUUAUGCAAUACCUAUUGAAUAAAUUUCGUUAAAUACAAUUACAA